ACCAAAAACCUUAUCUCUCAAUAAACACAUUGGUCAUAUAUCAUAUUUAUAGCCUUAUCUAUCGUGUUGCAUAGAGGAGCAGCAGCCAUGGUAUCCUUAAGCUCUCACUUCCGUUCCACCAACUACUACUUGAAUAGGAAUAAUAAUUCUCAUCACAAUCACAAUUACAGAAUCAAGCAUUGUGUUUCAUGCUCUGUCCAGCCUACACAAACCAACAUUAAGGUAGUGAUAAAUGGAGCAUCCAAGGAGAUAGGAAGAGCAGCAGUGGAAGCUGUGACUAAAGCCAGGGGAAUGGAACUCGCUGGUGCUGUAGAUAUUUGUCAUGUUGGGGAAGAUAUUGGACAGGUAUGUGGCAUGGAAGAGCCCCUUGAAAUACCCAUAAUAAAUGAUCUCACUAUGGUUUUGGGUUCUAUAUCUCAGUCCAAGGGAGCAGGAGUUGUAGUUGAUUUCACUGAUCCUUCCUCCGUAUAUGACAAUGUAAAACAGGUAACAGCAUUUGGCAUGAGAAGCGUAGUCCACGUUCCGCGAAUGCAAUUAGAUACGGUUGCAGCAUUAUCUGCAUUCUGUGACAAGGCCACCAUGGGUGUGUUGGUUGCACCAACCCUUUCCAUAGGAUCAAUAUUGCUACAACAAGCUGCAAUUUCAGCUUCUUUCCAUUACAGAAACGUUGAGAUUGUGGAAUCCAAGGCUAAUGCAAAUGAUUGGAUUGCUGGUGAACAGGAUCUUCCAUCAGUAGAUGCAAACCAAAUAGCAAAGAAUCUGUCAAACCUGGGUCAGAUCUAUAACAGAGAAGAUGCUUCAACGGAUGUGUUGGCAAGGGGUCAAGUCCUUGGAGAUGGAAUUCGUGUGCAUAGCUUGGUACUUCCAGGACUUCCCUCAAGUACAACAGUUCACUUCUCUGCUCCAGGAGAGAUAUAUUCUAUCAAGCAUGAUAUUACAAAUGUGCAAUGCCUCAUGCCAGGCUUGCUGUUAGCCAUUAGAAAAGUUGUGCGCCUCAAGGGAAUUCGUUGCUUGAAAUGUUCCUCCUUUUUGAGAAAUUCAUAUCAAACACCCCCAACUGGAAAUACCGGUGGCGCAGGGGAUAUCGGCGGUGCAGGAAAUAAUCUCUGUUUUAACUGCUUUUUAUGUCUGCUCAAAUAUUUUGUAUUGAAAUCCAAUUAUCCUUCUGUGCUCUUCGAUAUAUUGGAGGCUCAGAAUGCAGAGCACAACAUGAAAGUAACGUUAUUAGAGCUUUACAAUGAGGAAAUAACGGAUCGUGUGCCUCCUGAGAAAACUGUAAAAUCUGAAGAUGAUAAGUCUAAAAGUCCUAUCGCUCUAAUGGAGGAUUGGAAAGGGAGCUUUCAUUGUUAAU